UGUACUUUGUACUUGCAGCUCCCAACUGCAGCAUAUGAUUCAGCACAACUGCAGCAUAUGAUUACUCCAUAUGUAUACUGUAUAGCGUACACUACCUAAUUUACUCACUUACUGAUAUUCACACACACAAGUUGUUUACAUUCUUUUACCGCGUGGAGCGGCACUAGCAUAUAUUAGCGCCACUGGCUCGUCAGCGAUGGUGCUGCAUACUAUGCGCGUCUCUUAAUUAUUGAAAACACUUGUAGUAAUGCUGUGCACUUGUAAUAUACAUAAUUAUUUGCCAACUUACCGAGUAGUUUAAUUGCUUAUCUGGAUUGUGCACGACUGGGAUAUAAUUGUGAAACUCGACAUGUGCCCAGUGUACUGUAUGGAUACUACUGUACACUGCACAGUUAUAUUGAUUCACUUUCACUGUGUGAUUCAACAAGUUGUUUACAUUCUUUUACACUAUGGAGGAGCACAGCAACGCAUCUGGCUCGUCAAAGCCUUUCAACGUACAGCUGGUGGUCUAUUGCGUGCAUGCUUAUGCGUGCGUGCAGAUCAACUGGAAAAAGUCCGCCAGGGUCGCUGCAAAUUUUUUUCCACUGGAGCCAAAGUUUCGGGGAUGCUACAAGCAACGAUGGCUCGAGUGGAAAAAGUUGGCCUGAACUUCUCAAAGAAUUUUUCCACCUUGUCGAAGAAUGGAAAAUCAUCGCCGUAUAACCUUGAAGCCGGACUCGCAUGGCCGGAAAUAUUUCAGUUUCCGGUAAUAGUGAUCCAAUAACGCGAGAGCAUCACUGAUGGACUUUGCACCAUUAACUGUGAUCUUGCCGUUGCGGUACCCGGCAGUGCGAUUUGUAAGGACGAAUGGAACGGAGAAGAAGCCCGGAAAAUUUAUGUGGUGCAUAAUGAGAAAGCGGAGCGCGUUCGGAUAAGCUGGGUAAGUCAAUUGCGCAGCCAAGGUCAGCAGUUGCAACAACGUUAGUUAUUUUCGCCAUUCAGCCAAUUUGCAAAUGUCUCCGCUUUUGAAAGCGUUGUUUGUGGUAAUGAAGUAAGCUCCUUAAACUUCGGGCACCCAAUGUCUUCAAGAUUAAACACU